CCACGCGCCCCAGUUCCAGUGCGGUUCAGCCUGUCUUCCCCACUCCUUGGUCGCCCCGGACAAGAGAGGAGUCAUGAGAGGCGUGGGAAGGUGUCACUCGAGAGGCGAAGAAGCUAGGACGCUGAGGGUCCAGGUUCCAGUUUGCUGCCCCUUACAUCAAUUGGAGGAGAAAAGUUUGUGAAUUGGGUCCCCAAGUUUUGGGGGACCCCGGCUUGCGACGCGGGUUGACAGAGGAGACUCGUGGGACCUUCCCACAUGGAGUCCAUCCAGCCUGCAGAGGAUCUCAGUCUGACCCAACAGCCCCUUGCCCCAGAACUUGGGGACCCUGAAGACCCUGGGGAUGAGGCCCCUGAUAGUUCAGACACUGUGGUCCUCAGUCUCUUCCCCUGCACCCCAGAACCUGGAAUUCCUGAACCAGAUGCUGUCACCUCCUCACCUCAGGCCAGCAGCUCUCUGAAACACUCCACAACCCUCACCAACCGGCAACGGGGGAACGAGGUCUCAGCCCUACCAGCCACCCUGGACUCCCUAUCCAUUCACCAGCUUGCUGCCCAGGGGGAACUGAGCCAGCUGAAGGAGCACCUGAGGAAAGGCGACAACCUCAUCAACAAGCCAGACGAGCGAGGCUUCACCCCCCUCAUCUGGGCCUCUGCCUUUGGAGAGAUCGAGACCGUCCGUUUCCUGCUUGAGUGGGGUGCCGACCCCCACAUCCUGGCCAAGGAGCGGGAGAGCGCCCUGUCACUGGCCAGCAUGGGCGGCUACACGGACAUUGUGGGGUUGCUGCUGGAACGUGAUGUAGACAUCAACAUCUACGACUGGAAUGGAGGGACGCCGUUGCUGUACGCCGUGCGUGGCAACCAUGUGAAGUGUGUGGAGGCCUUACUGGCCCGAGGAGCUGAUCUCACUACCGAGGCCGAUUCUGGCUACACCCCUAUGGACCUGGCUGUGGCUCUGGGAUAUCGGAAAGUGCAACAGGUGAUCGAGAGCCACAUCCUCAAACUCUUCCAGAGCAACCUGGUGCCCGCCGACCCUGAGUGAAGGCUACCCACUGGGACUCAGACACUCAGGGAGCAAAGCAAAAGGUCAACCCAGAGUUGGGGGGAUCCAGCACAGGCUUCAAAGGCAGCUCAGCUCUUGGACAGACGGUGGGAAGGGGCCUUUCCCAAGAGGAACCAAUAAACCUUCUGUGCAGAACUUGAGGGACUUUGCUGUGCUUCCUGGAAGAGGUGGCUGUCCAGUAACCUCAUUCCUUCUUCUCCCCCAACACCCGCAGGUGGUAGAUAACCACCCGGCCAAAAAAGUCCGUGGCAUCCUCAAAUGUCACCUUCAGCUGGUCCACCUCCGCAGCCGGCACAGGAAAGGUGUUAGCACGGGCAGUCAAGGCAAAGAGGUGGCACAGUAUUUCCUACCUGCAGCCCCACCCAGCCCCCCUUCAACACCCGCAGUGUGCUGGGUAACCGGCGGGUUUUGGGCCCUUCUGAGACUUUCACACAGAACAGGUUAUCACCAACCUGCUAUACAGAUAAAACAAUGGAGGCCUACUGGCCACAGAUCAAAGUCAUGUGCCAGGACUUGUUCAACCAGGCCAACAGCUUUCAGCACCACAGACCACCCCCUCACCCUCACCCCAGAGGCCCACACAAGAUAUCUGAAGCGAGUUGUUGUCUUCUGGGUAGAACUCCACAAUCUUGCCAAGGGCUUCACUCCCCUGGGAACCUGCAGUAUGAAGAAAGGGCUAUACUGUGAGGCCAGGGCACCUCCCAGCCCCUACCUUCCAGGCUCUUCUAGUACCUUCCAGGCGUCCCCGGCGACUGGAGAAGCCCCCCUGGAACUGGAUCUGCAGCUGGGAGACACGGAUGCGCUGGGGAAACUCUAGUAACACCCACUGGAUGGGGCCCUGGAAGUAGACAGGGAAACUGAGGCCCAGGCUCACUGCAAGCUCAGAGUCCUGCUAUGCCCUUGAUUGGGAAGGUAACCGAAAUACCUCCCUGGAGAUCCCAGCUGGCAGGAGCACCCUUGGCGGUGGGUAGAUAGUCCAGGGAAGUGCCCCACCUGAUCUGAGUUCCAGCACGUCUCCUCAUCUUGGUCGAAUAAGUGCUUCUUUCCAAACUGCCGGGUGUUGCGAUUCAGGACCGAACUCACCCUGGAGCCACCAAAAUCAGGGCGAGCAGAGAGACUGAGCGCACCACGUG